CGGUUUGAUAAGUAUCUUGGCUGAAUUGACAAUGCAGCAGUACUCUUCGAACAUGGAGCGCAAAUCUGAGCUGGAGCCUCUUUUGGCAAACGAAGAUGCAUUCAAGGUCGUCCAUGCCUACAAAACUCGCAAAUCUUGUAGUAGUAGAGUGUUCCCUAUUAUGGGUGCUUUGGCAUUGGUGCUAACUGCUAUCCUCGCAGUGUCAUUAAUCUGGCAGCCUGCGCUCCAUUCCACCGAUGCGGGUGCCAAUGAAAUCUACAAGGAGAUUUCCAAGGUGGAAAGCGUUCGUUUACCUGCUGGCAUUGCUCCCUCUCGCUACAAUCUCGACAUUGUGACCAAGCUGUCUACUGCCACAUUCUCCGGAUCUGUUGCCAUCGAUAUCCAUGUUGAUACACCAACUCAGUUUAUUGCUAUCCACCAGCUGGAGUUGAGCAUUGGUGCCAUUACUCUCGAUGCCUUGACUGCUGCCCCCGAUCUGACCAAACCUUUUGAUCCAAAGACUCUUUCAACUGAUACCAAGUACGAAGUGGAUCAUAUUGCCAAUAUCACUCAGUUUCAAUACUUGGAGAUCUACUUUAAGCAAACCAUUGAGCCUGGGUACUACAAUUUAAAAGUUGAUUUUGCUGGAAAACUUCAAGACACACUCGAGGGUUUCUAUCGGUCAUCCUAUACUAACAAACACACGGGAAAAAAAGAAUAUUUGGCUACUACUCAGAUGGAGCCCGUUCAUGCUCGCAAAGCAUUUCCUUGUUUUGACGAGCCUGAGUUCAAGGCUAUUUUUGUGAUCAGCAUCACCACCGAGUCUGAAUACCAUGCUAUUAGCAAUAUGCCUGCCACAUCUGUCAAGACCCUACCCAGUGGUCUUGUCAAGUACAACUUUGCUCCUACUCUUCGUAUGUCUUCAUAUCUGAUUGCUUACAUUGUGUCCAACUUUGAAUCCAUCGAGGCAAAAACCAAAAACGGUGUCAUUGUUCGUGUCUUUACUCAGCGACAAAGUACCGAUCUUGGCAAAUAUGCACUCGAGGUUGCCGUCAAGGUCAUGGAGUACUUUCAAGCUACAUAUGCCAUUCCCUUUCCUCUUCCCAAGUGCGAUCUUAUUGCCAUUCCCGAUUUCCAGGCCGGUGCCAUGGAGAACUGGGGUCUUAUUACUUUCCGUGAUACCGCUCUGCUCUACGAUCCUAAAGUGUCGUCCCAAGGCAACAAACAAGGCGUUGCAUCCACCAUUGCCCACGAGCUUGCUCACCAGUGGUUUGGAAAUCUUGUUACAAUGAAGUGGUGGAGCGACCUGUGGCUCAACGAGGGCUUUGCAGAAUUCAUGACCUACAAGGGCACUCACGCUGCUGAACCUGAGUGGAAAAUGCUGGAACAGUUUCUACCCGGUGAGCUUAUGCGUGCAGAAAAUGCCGACGAGUCUAUUUUCACCCAUCCCAUCGCUAUUCCUGUUAAAAACCCCGAGGAAAUUCAAGAGAUUUUCGACGAUAUUUCAUAUGGCAAAGGUUCUGCUGUGUUGCGCAUGCUUGAAGGUUAUCUCGAGACCAAGUUUGGUCAAAACUACUUUUUUACUCACCUGACAAGCUACCUCAACAGCCACUCCUAUGGUAAUGCCGAUACCUCUCAGCUAUGGCAGGCACUCCAGAACCCAGGAUCUCCCGACAUUGCUGCAUUCAUGUCCACCUGGACUGAUCAGCCUGGGUUUCCUUUAGUGACCGUGUCGUUUCCUUCUACCGAUGACUCUACAAAGAAAUCAUCGUUCCAGGUGACUCAGAAACGCUACAUAUUCUCCGGGCUCGUUGAUCCACUUUCCACUGUUCCCGAAAAGCUUAUUCCACCUGUGCUGAAUGUUCCAAAGGAUCCUAGCACUCAGACAUGGGCUAUCCCACUGACUUUUGCUUUGUUCUCCAACCAUACUGGAAAGGUAAAGCGAGUUUCUGACCCAACUGUCUUUGAAUUCUUUACCCACGGACCCAUUCAGGUGGAUUUGGCUACUCAGAUUCCAAAGGACACUAUUGUCUUGGCCAACUAUGGUAAAUCGGGAGUGUAUCGUGUGCAGUAUGACGAACGCACUCUUCAUUAUCUUCUUGAAUGGCUUCGUGCUGAUAUCAACGUCUUCUCCGCUGUUGAGCGUGCUGGUCUUCUCAGCGAUGUCUUUUCUUUCACCUACUCUGGCCAGCUUUCCGACGUUACUAUUGCUCUCGAGUUUAUGAAACUUAUGGAACAUGAGGAAAGCACGAUUGUCUGGGGAACUGCAAUCAGAGAAUUCCGUACACUGAAAAAGGCGUUUGCUCAUCACCCGUCCUAUGGUCUUAUCCAGCAGUUUGAACAGAAUGUGAUUCAUAAAAUGGUGAAAAGCAUCGGAUGGGUUGAGACGUCCAAAGACACCUCUCAACAUCACAUGCGUGCCCUGCUGCGUGGAUUACUUCUUCAAGAGGCUGUUCGAUCUGGCCAUAAAAAGACCAUUGCGACUGCUUUGGACUACUUCAAGCUUCUUAUGGAGGGCAAAAAGGACAAGGUGGAUGUGACUGCCGACGCGCUGACAGCCAUUCUUGUUGCUGGUGUGAUGUAUGGCGACGAAGCGAAUUAUGAAUGGGUACUGCAGCAGCAUUUGAACUCUACAUUUGCACCUGAAAAGUCGCGGUACUUGUUUGCUUUGGCAUCUUCUCCCGUGUCGUAUCUUCAAAUGCGUACCUUGGAUCUUACGCUUACAGACAAGAUCCGCAAGCAAGACAUUACCUCAUUGGUCGAGAACGUGGCCUCAAGCACACCUGUUGGGCAUUUGACAGCUUGGAUCUUUCUCAUGGACAACUGGGCGGCGAUUGCUAAAUGGAAGGACUACAAUAUGACAGGCUUAGGUGCUAUCAUCCAGGACAUCAUUGGUAAAUUUACCAACUCAUACUUGGUCUCUGAAGCCCAGCGACUGUUUGUUGACAGAAAGGAUCCUGAUUUGAUUGUUCCGGACAAUAUCAUGGUUGCAGUCUUCAAGGGACUAGAAACGUCUAGACAACUGGUCAAGUGGCAGGGAAUGGUCAAGGCAGAUGUUGCAGCGUGGCUGAGAAAAGAGCUGGAUAUUUUUGAUGCAAGUGCUCAAAAAGAAUGAAUGAAUAUCUAAAUGCCAAAUGGCAUUCCUGCUUUAAAAUUUUAUAUCAUUGUGCGAUCAAUGGCCAGUCUACGUUGUAUGUUUUGAUAGUUUAUCACUUUACACUGUAUAUCUGGAUACAAAGAGUUUAAAAUAAAGGCCAUGAUUAUUUAUAU